CCGUGUUUCUUGCUUCACUGGUUAUCGCCAUGACCUUUAGAAGAAGCAUGGCCGCUGUCGCACGUUUUGGCGCCAUAUUUCCUACAAAUAGACUGAGAGAACUCUCAGCUAUGAGACUUGCUGUGGACUAUGUGAACGAGAAGGACAUCGUUCCCGGGGUCACGCUGCAAUAUCUUCUGAGUACUGCCGAGUCACUUGACCACUUUGAAAUGGUUCUAAAAGGCUGUCGACAGACAGAGGAGGGAAUCGUGACCAUCCUCGGUCCUCACGGGUCUUCACAAGUCAAAGCCACACAACUCGUCAGCUCUUCACUCAACAUACCUCAGAUUUCGUACGCGGCGACAGACCCGUACUUAGCCAACCAGGAGAUCAACGAGUACCUUCUCCGCAUGAGUCCGUCAGACGCCUCCCAGGGCCUGGCACUGGCAGAACUGAUCGAACAUUUCGGCUGGAGCCAGAUGAGCAUCAUCAUGUCUACUGACGACUUUGGAACGCACGGUAUUGUAGAAUUUGAGAAACUAGCGGGAAUGAAAGGUUGGCUGAUUCGCAGUGUUCAAGGAUUCACCCCCACCAAGAACGCCGAGGACCUGGACAUCAGCCAACAGCUCCGUGCUAUCAAGUCAUCAGGUGCGAGAAUCAUCAUUCUGAACAGUGUAGUUGAGUACGGUAAAGUCAUCCUGAAGCAGGCUAACGAUCACGGCAUGGUGGGAGCGGGGUGGCAGUGGAUCGUCACAGUCGGCAUCACCGGAUCUAUAUUAUUCCCUGGCGUUGAGGACAUGCCUGACUACUACGAAGGUCUACUCGGCGUGUACAUAGUAGAUGAUGCUGGCGAGUUGAAGGGUGAAUUCCUGCGCAGAUGGAUGGCAGCCGACCCUGUGCUGUACCCUGGGGUUGGAAACGGGACGAUGGUGGCGUACGCAGGAAAGGCCAUGGACGCCGUGCUCCUGCUGGCGUACGGUCUGCGGGACAUGCUCGCUGCCGGGGAGACCGUGGACACCGAGUCCCUCAACUGUUCCCUCAUCCCGCAUCCUGAGUGGUCCAGGGGCGAAACCUUCCUGCAGUACCUGAAACAGGUAGAUGGGCCCGGUGUGACCGGACGUGUUAGUAUGAAGUCAGACGGGAGCUCAAGGAACGCAGUCUAUGAUGUCGUCACUCUCGAUAAACACCGUUGGAAAAAGGUCGGACGGUGGAACGACUCAUCGGGACUGACCUUGCCAGAAAGCGUGACCUUCAUGGGAGGACAGCAAGAGGUCAUCGACUUCAUCAGCGAUCUCAGCAACAGAACUCUGAGGGUGGUGACGCACAAGGAGCAAGGUUUCGUCCACAUCAGGGACACGGACGACUGGGGCAAAAACCUGACCGGCAAAGCCCGAUUUUCUGGCUUCUGUAUAGAUCUCCUUGAGUGGCUGUCAGAAAAACUUGGCUUCAAGUACGAGCUGUACGAAGUAGAAGAUGGUAAUUUCGGGGCCUACGAUCCUGAGCUGAAGCGUUGGAACGGCAUGGUUCAGGACGUUAUUACAAAGACAGCAGAUAUUGCCAUGGCCACGCUGACCAUCACGGCCCAGCGGGAGGAGGCGUGUGACUUCACCAUGCCGUAUGUCGAUGUCGGCCUGACCUUCAUUAUGGGCAAAGAGGAGACUAAAACCUACAGCCUUCUAAACUUCCUGACACCGUUCGAGAGGGAUCUGUGGUUCAUGUUUGUGGUGACAGCGGUAGCCGUGGGCAUAUUUCAGGCAAUCAUCAACUACCUGAGUCCAUUUGGGUACCGCCGACAGGAACAGCCUGCGCAAGGUGAAAGGAGCAAGCGCAGGAGACGGCAUGAGGACAUCAACGCAAAGCCGCCGUACCGCCUGUCUGACGCCGUGUGGCAGUCCUUCACCAUGCUGGUACAGAUCGGACCCGAGAUCUUCCCUCGGUCUUAUGCAGGACGUAUCACCGCCAUUUUCUUCGGCCUGGGCACCAUGGUGCUGUUAGCCACCUACACCGCCAACCUGGCCGCCUUCCUCACAGUCAGCAGGCUGCAGAGCGGCAUCAACUCCGUGGACGACUUGGCAGGACAGUCUGAAGUCCUUUACGGAGCUCGAGGAAGCGGAGCAACUGAGAGUUUCUUCUUGGACUCGAAAAUCGAGCCUUACAUAACCAUGGCCAAACUGAUGACGGAAAAGAGAGACGACGUCAUGGUGAAGAGUAUGGAUGAAGGAUUGCGGAAAGUGCGGGGAGGAAAAUACGCCUUCAUCAGUGACAAUGUUGUGCUGGAUUAUGUAGCAACCAGACAGCCGUGCGACAUCAAAACAGUGGGCCGUCUGUUCCGGAAUGCUGGAUACGGCGUUCUACUGGCCAAGGGUUCGCCUUACACAGGAGAGUUCUCUAACGCCAUUAUUACAGCCAGGGAGUCAGGCUUUAUAGAGACACUAACCAAAAAAUGGAUUACAAGUAACGAGUGUGACAAGUCCCAGAACACGGGCGCGUCUCAGGACAGGAUCUCCAUUAACAAGAUGCUGGGCGUGUUCGUGGUCAUCUACGGCGGGAUGUGCGUCAGUCUGGUGGUGCUGGUGUGUGAGUGGCUAGUGGCGUCAUGUCGGGACGUCAACAGAAAUCAUCCCAAGGCACCGAAGUCGAUAACAGAAGCGAUUGCCAGAAACUUUAGGUCCCAGGCUAGGAGGUACAGGUCCGACUGGGAAGCGUGUUGUGGCAAUCAAAGAGAGAACGAAAAUCGAAAUGAGAAAAGUGGUAAACCUGUCAACGGCGACCCUUCCAAACCAAACACUGACAUGAAUGGACACUACGCAGCAAAUAGCAAAGAACGGGGCGGUCAAAGGACAAGUACUACAGGCGAUACACGUGAAAACACUAGCAUUCAUGGAACUAAACACCCUACUCAUAGGGGCACGACAAGUAACACUGAUAUUCCACGGGUGACAUGGCGAGCUAGAAACGACCGUAAAAAUUACAACGAAACAACUCGUCCUAGAAAAUUAGAGGAAACCUUCGGAGAUAGGUUUCUACAUAACGAAAACCUGAAGCACAGGAAUGUAGAGCCCAUAUCUAGAGCGACUAACACAAAACCGCUGAAGCCUUUUGAAGAUCGCACUACUGAAGCAUCGCGGAAAGCAACAGCCAUUUCAGAAAAAGAGGAACGAAACACACUAAAACUAUCGGCCGUAUCACAAGGUUCACAGUUCCUUCCUACGGUCCACCUAAAGCCGCCUUCUGAUCCCAACUCUCCCGGAGAGAACGGGGUGGCAGUCUAUCUCACCAACUUGACUGAAGCCCAGGAAAAUCUACGAAACGAACUGUUGGAGAAAUACGGACUGGACGAGUUGCUCAGCCAGCAGAUCUCCCUACACAGGACGUUACCGUAUUCACGGCCUGAGAGCUGCAAGAUGCAGACAUUCGUGCCCGACUUGCCGUCCGUGAGCGUCAUAGUGGUGUUCCAUAAUGAAGCCAUGUCUGUGCUGAAGCGGACCCUGCACAGUCUGCUGGACAACACGCCUGACUCCCUUCUACAGGAAAUACUGCUGGUGGACGACUUCAGCAAUAACGACGAUCUGAAGGGUGAUCUAGAGGACUACAUUUCGCAGCUCCCGCGGAUCCGUCUGCUGCGGAACAGGCAGCGGGAGGGGCUGGCGCGGUCCCGGAUCCGGGCAGCCGGGGUGGCGUCAGGAGACGUGCUGGUGUUCCUGGACUCUCACGUGGAGUGUAACACCGGCUGGCUGGAACCCCUGGUGGACAGGAUAGCUAGAGACAGGAAAACAGUGGUUUCUCCGGGAAUAGACUGGAUCCAUGGUGACACAUUUAGGUACGACUACGGUAUCGACACUCUCCGGGUCACGUGGGGCUGGAGCCUCGGUUUCGGGUUCGACCAUGAGCAUGCGCUGAAGUGGGUGGAACUCCCCGCGGAGGAGCAGGUCAAACCCGUCAGGACGCCGAUGCUGCUAGGAGGACUUUUCGCCAUUGACCGACAGUUCUUCAGGGAGAUAGGGAUGUAUGAUCCCGGGUUUGAAUACUGGGGAGGAGAGCACUUCGAGAUCUCAUUCAAGGCGUGGAUGUGUGGAGGGUCAAUAGAAGUUCUCCCGUGUUCUCGCGUGGGUCACGUGUGGGGGAAGAAGACUUACAGCACCGGAAACAUGACGCUACAUCACUGGGCACAGAGGAACAACAUGCGGGUAGCGGAAGUCUGGAUGGACCACUACAAAGUACACUUCUACAUCAGACACCCAAAUCUGAUGAAGAGAGAGUUUGGUGACGUUUCCGAGCGCAGACUAUUGCGGGAGCGUCUCCAGUGUCAUGAUUUCCGGUGGUACCUGGACCACGCCUUCCCUGACCUGUACAUACCUGACGCGAUACCUGGGCAAUACGGGCAGGUUCGAAAUAACGGAACAGACACGUGCCUGGACUGGGCUUCUCGACUCAACCGGGAGCUGAAGAUGUUUCCCUGUCAUCACGGGCUGAACACGCAGUUUUUCGAUCUGACAGGUCAGAAGCUGCUGCGGGAUGAGCGGGCGUGUGUGCAGGCGGGUGAGAACGGUACGGGCGUGGUGCUGAUGCCGUGCGGGAGAUACCGAUCAGAGGGAGACCUGCCACCGCUCCAGCAGUGGGAGUUCACGCAGGGAGGUUUCCUGUACAAUGCUGCCUCAAAGAAAUGCUUGCACGCCGUCCCAGCUGACGCAGGGGCUGCUGGGAAUGUAACCAUGAUGCCUUGUGAUCUUAGUAGCCUCCAGAAGUGGAAUAUAGAAUAUAUCUGGCACAAAGAUCUAGGGUAACAAUUUAUCAGAAUAGAUCUAGAGUUUUGUCCUCGCAUUUAGCUGUUAAAUUUGAUACCUUUUUAGUUUUCCAAUUUCACAUCACACUAAUACGUUCGUAUUGUUAACUCUUUUGGUCAGCUAAUAAUGGCAAAAAAUAAGCUAAGAUCAUAUGGAUUAAAUAGAUUUUGAAAUCUGCAUAAAAUCUAUAAUAACAUAAAUCUACAAAUAUUUCUAGUGCAGCUAGACGAACUUUUCAUUGCAAAACUUUCCUGUUCCUUUUUUUCUGCUAUAACUAAGUGCGGGUUGAAUUUAUUUAAUGUUUGCUAGUGUACCUUAUAUUUAUUGACUUUAAACAUGUCUUGUUGCAGGCGACUUAUGCUUAACCAGUGUGGCCAAAAUGUACAAAAAGGCGUCGAUAGAGUUAGAGUAAAACAUUAAAGUGCAAGCAUCAAUCCUAUUUCUAUAUCUGUUAACUGGUCGCUU